GGAUUACGUGUUGACACAAAAUAGGAAACAGAAUCUGAUUCUUGGACGUUUAGCGCAUGGUGUCGACACCCCGAUUAUGUGUCGACACUACACCCGUGUCGGGUUUCUGGCCUCCUUUUGCAAUUUCUUCAAUAGUAAAAUAGCAGAUUUGGUUCCUAACUUCUGGAUUCUGCACAACUUAAUCCUCAAGUCUCUGAUCUCUUCAAUUUACUUUUAAAAAAUAGGAUUUCUUCCAAUUAAAUCCUUUUCUACACAAAGGAUGAAAACCAUGUAAAAUCAAAUAAAAUCUCAUAAAACUCAUCAAAUAUCAAUAAUAUCAAAGUAAAAAUUCCCUAUUAAUAUGUAUAUAAAUUUAGCUCAUCAAUUGUGCAUGAAGAAUGUUUGGAAGGUAAUUAUAAGUCUAUUGAAAAAAUGAGGGCAGCCAAUCGUUCACCAGUUACUCACGUCAGACAGUUUAAUGAUGAGGAUGAGGA